UAAUGAUUGAAGAAGAAAACAACUCACCCAUUAACCAUGGCCUCCAAAUCUCCCCUCUUCCUCUCCCUCUCCCUUCUCCUUUCCCUCUCCGUCGUCGCUCUCUACGAUGAUCCAGAUUGCGUCUACACGGUGUAUGUCAGGACCGGCUCCAUCCUCAAAGCAGGGACGGAUUCGGUGAUUAGCGCGACGCUCUACACCGCCAAUGGCGACGGAAUCCUCAUCAGAGAUCUGGAGAAAUGGGGCGGCUUAAUGGGACCUGAUUACAACUACUUCGAGAGGGGCAAUCUCGACAUUUUCAGCGGAAGAGGACCAUGCCUGAGCGCACCCGUGUGUUCCUUGAAUCUGACCUCCGACGGAUCCGGUCCGCACCAUGGCUGGUACUGCAACUACUUUGAGGUGACCACAACGGGUGUCCACAGGCUCUGCGAUCAAGCCCAGUUCACGGUGGAGCAGUGGUUAGCCCUCGAUACAUCGCCGUAUGUGUUGACCGCCAUCCGUGAUAACUGCCCCAAGGAAUCGAUUGGAAGCCGCCGUGAUCCAACCCGAUCGGGUCCCCCGAGGUUGAAGCAGGUCAUAUGAGAUUUAAUCGUAUUGUCGAAUAAGGAAGCGGGAGAGUGUGCCCUUCUGGUGUUGGUGUGUAAAAGUUGGAUCGAGAGCAGUGCCUUACUUUUUAGCUUUACUUUAUGAUUCGAUCCAUUAUUGUGGGUUUGGUACGGUGUGGGUCA